AAAAAGAGAACAGAACAGAAGAAAAAAUCAUUCACAACGGCGACCAUAACGAACUCCGCCCUUGCAAUGAGCCAACUGGGCACCGUCUACGCCACAAAGCGAAGGCGACGCAAUGGCAAAAGCCUGAAGCCGCCGCCCAAGGAUGGCGUCACUAAGAGCAAUCCAUCAAAACGGCAUCGGGAGCGGUUGAAUGCCGAAUUGGAUCUGCUUGCCUCGCUGCUGCCCUUCGAGCAGAAUAUACUAAGCAAACUGGAUCGACUGAGCAUACUAAGGCUGUCCGUUAGUUAUUUAAGAACCAAAAGUUAUUUUCAAGUUGUUAUGCAUAAGGAUAAGGAGGAGAAUGGAGUCCUGCCGCACAUACACGCACACGAUGGCUACAGAACGCGUGAGCUGGGCGCCUUUGAGCAUGGUCUGCUGGAUGGUGAUAUGUUCCUGCAGGCUCUAAAUGGAUUUCUAAUGAUACUGACAUGCGAAGGCGAGGUCUUCUUUGCCACGCACAGCAUCGAGAGCUAUUUGGGUUUUCAUCAGUCGGACAUUGUGCAUCAGUCAGUGUACGAGCUGGUGCACUCUGAGGAUCGCGAGGAACUGCAGCGCCAACUGCUGUGGAACAGCUUCCUGCCCGCGGACAUGUCCAGCAUGCAGCUCUCGGAGACUCUGGCGCCCGACAAGGCGCUCUACUUGGAGCGCAGCUUCACGGUGCGAUUCCGUUGCCUGCUGGACAACACCUCAGGAUUCCUGCGCCUCGACAUACGCGGUCGCAUCAAGAUACUCCAUGGCCAGAACCGAAAGACGGAGGAGCCGCCACUCGCACUGUUCGCCUACUGCACACCAUUCGGUCCGCCCAGUUUGCUGGAGAUACCGCACAAGGAGAACAUGUUUAAGUCCAAGCACAAGUUGGACUUUUCGCUCGUCUCCAUGGAUCAGCGGGGCAAGCACAUUCUGGGCUACGCAGAUGCCGAGCUAGUCAACAUGGGUGGCUACGAUCUGGUGCACUAUGAUGACUUGGCCUACGUGGCCAGCGCUCAUCAGGAAUUGCUGAAGACGGGGGCCUCGGGCAUGAUUGCCUAUCGCUACCAGAAGAAGGACGGCGAGUGGCAGUGGCUGCAGACGAGCUCGCGAUUGGUGUACAAGAAUUCGAAGCCAGACUUUGUCAUCUGCACGCAUCGCCAGCUGAUGGAUGAGGAGGGACACGAUCUGCUCGGCAAGCGCACCAUGGACUUUAAGGUCAGCUAUCUGGACACCGGACUGGCGUCCACGUACUUCUCCGAGGCCGAUCAGCUGGUGGUGCCGCCCUCAAGUGCCAGUGCCUCGCCCACAGCUCAUGCGCUGCCUCCUCCCGUCACGCCCACGCGUCCCAAUCGUCGCUACAAGACGCAGUUGCGGGACUUUCUCUCCACGUGUCGCAGCAAGCGCAAGUUGCAGCAGCAGCAGCAGCAACAACAGCAGCUGCAGGCUCAGCAAUCCUCGCCAUUGGGUCAGGUUGGUUCUCCAGCGCCUGCUGUGGUCGAGUAUCUGCCCGAUCCAGCGGCUGUGGCUGCAGCUGCCGCCUACUCCAAUCUAAAUCCCAUGUACACGGCAUCGCCGUACGCAACGGCUGCGGAUAAUCUCUACAUGGGCAGCUCGAUGCCGGCCAAUGCCUUCUAUCCGGUCAGCGAGACGUCGCUCUUCCAUCAGUAUCGACUCCAAGGUGCAGUCGGAGUCGGUGGCUACUACACCGACUAUCCGCACACGGGAGCUCCGGCCUCGGCGUAUGUGGCGAACGGUUUCCUGUCGUACGAUGGCUAUGCCAUUGCCUCCAAGGCGGACGAGAAGUGGCAGGAGACGGGCAAAUACUACAGCGGCUACAGCAGCGGAUACGGCAGUCCAACGUCCACGCCACAGCAGAUUCCCCUGAAGACGCCCAAGUCAUCGCCUCAAGUCAUGGAGGUCAUCUCGUGCUCGUCGGAUGGACCUUCGCCCGUUGCCGUUGCUGCUGGCGCCACAACCAAUGGCAGCAGCGGCGUGCCUCCUAAAGUGGAGUUGCAAGCAGCAUCCGCAGUUGCCGAUCCCUACGAGCGACAGACGGUGCUGAUGUGGGGCACCACUCAGUCCAGCGGUGUGCCGCUCAACAGUCGCAUUGCAGCCACAGCUGGUGGCUCGCCGCAUCGCAACACUCCGCUCUCGAAUGGCCUCAGCUAUGCCAACAACAACAACGAACACGAAACUGCCGCGGCAGCCAAGUGGAAUGGCAACAAGGAGCUGAGCGGCAAGUCAACGAGUGCCGGCACACCUGAGAGCUAUCAGCUGCAGCAUGACGACUCCGGACUCUACUCGGCAUCCUCGCACACCACAUCGCCCCAGCAGCAGCAGCAACAACAGCAGCAGCAGCAGCAGCGUGGCAUUGGCAGCAAUGUGAGCAACUCGAGCAAUACUGAGCACCACGUCCACCAACCACAACCGCCCAGCUGCGCCGCCGCCAAUCAUCAGCAAUCGUCGCAGGCAACGCACAAUCAUCACGCUCAUCCUCACGCACACACGCUGCAUCACCAGCAGCAACAGCAACAGCAGCAGCAACAACAGCAACAGCAACAACAUCAGCAUCCACAUCCACAUCCGCAUCCACAUCAGCAUCAAGCACAUCAUCAACACCACGCAGAGAUCACCGCAUCCGCCACGGCGGCAGCCACAACGCCGGCGUCGGCAACAGCCACCGCGGCAGCAGCAACAGCAACCGCUAAUGGCAGCGAGAUCCUAAUCACCACUCAACAACUGCAACAGCAACAGCAGCAACAACAACAGCAGCAGCAGCAACAGUUGGCGGUUUAUCCGCUGCACCACCAGCAACAUCAGCUGGAGUCGCCGCCCAAUUGCCGCACACCGCCAACGCUGCCAGCGGUAAGCAGCCUGCUGAGUGGUGCCGCCGACGCCGUUGCCAUCUCGCCGUACCAACAACUGGCCAUUGUCUCGACGACAACAUCAGCGCCAGCAACAGCAGCGGCAGCAACACCGCUGAUCAUCUGCUCGGAUGACUCGCUCCAGGCGCUGAGCAACAGCUCUGCGAAUGCUGCCACACGUGGUGCACGCAAAGCAACAAAGCUGCAGCAGCAACAACAACAACAGCUACAACAGCAGCAGCAGCAACAUCUGCAUCACCAGCAACAUCAGCCAAAUUACCAGCAACAUCACACACAGCAUCUGCUCUAUCCGGCCAAUAUUACCGCUCACACGGCUCUGGCCUAUGCCCCGCCCCCGGUGAGUGCUGGCGGCGCCUACAUCGAUGGCAGUCCGCUACUCUCCUUCUCGGAGGUGACCAACACGCUGCUGAAUCAGUAAAGGAGACGUGAGCAACAACAACAACAACACCAACACCCACAACCCAAAGCACACAAAAAGACAACAAACAAACAUGUUCAACAGUUUUGCCAAAAUGUGGACUAUGACUAUCGUAUCUUCCAUAAUAUCACCCACACACACACACCUCUCACUCACACACACACACACAAAUAAGCA